GAGCGCAGGGCAGGAGGAGUAUCUCGGCCAAGAAAAUUAUGCAUGCGUUAGAGAAGCUCUGAGAAAAUGGCUGUGGAAGCUCUCCACUGCGGUUUGAAUCCGUGGGGGAUUGAUCACCCUGCCCGCUCUGAAGGUAUUAAACUGCAAAUUGAAGGUGAAGGUGUUGAAUCUCAAUCCAUUAAAAACAAAAAUUUCCAGAAGGUGCUUGACCAAAAAGGAACCCCCAAGCGACUGCAGGCAGAAGCCGAGACAGCUAAGUCAGCUACGGUGAAGCUGUCAAAAUCAGUGGCUCUGUGGACUCAGCAGGAUGUCUGCAAGUGGUUGAAGAAACAUUGUCCAAACCAGUAUCAUAUCUACAGUGAGUCGUUCAAACAGCAUGACAUAACUGGGCGAGCCCUGCUGAGACUUACAGACAAAAAGCUUGAGCGAAUGGGGAUUGCCCAAGAGAAGCUCCAGCAGCACAUCUUACAACAGGUGCUUCAGCUGAAGGUGCGAGAAGAAGUCAGAAACCUACAGUUACUCACACAAGGAUCUAAAGUUAAAUAGUGGGCUUCCAUUUCCAAAGAGGAUGAAGUCUUAUCCCCACUAGUGGCAUUCAGAAGAACCUACCACAAACUUGGAAAUCAACUCCAAAAUGAAACAAAUCAACUCCAAGGAUUUCCUCUCAAGGAAACAACAUUCCUUUGGAUGUAGAAAUUAUACACACAUCAAAUCAGUUACCUCAGUUUGUAAUCAGACCUACAAAUUAGAUACACUCAUCAGAAAGCUCAUUCUACCGUGUUUCUAGAGGAAAUAAAUGAAUAGAUAAUUUUAAAAAAAAGAGUGUAAAGCAAUUAUAUUUCAAUAAAGAGCUUAAAAAAUAAAAUAAAAUAUCCUGCAAAAAAAAAAAAAAAGUGAAUCAGGACUUCGUAGGCAGCGCAGUGGUUAAGAAUCUGCCUGCCAAUGCAGGGGACACAGGUUUGAGCCCUGCCCCAGGAAGAUACCACAUGCAGCGGAGCAACUAAGCCCAUGUGCCACAACUACUGAGCCUGUGCUCUAGAGCCCAUGAGCCACAGCUAUUGAACCCAUGUGCCACAACUACUUAAGCCCACGAACCUAGAGCCCGUGCUCCGCAACAAGAGAAGCCACCACAAUGAGGAGCCCAUGCACCACAAUGAAGAGCAGCCCCCGCUCUCUGCAACUAGAGAAAGCCCAUGUGCAGCAAUGAAGAUACAACACAGCCAAUUAAAAAAAUAAAUCCAAUAAAUAAAUAAAUUUAUUUAAAAAAAAAGUGAAUCAAUUCUGUCCUUCCUCAAUAAUAAGGCUGGCAAAGACCCACAGGAUAAACUCUCACCAUUUAUUUUGGACUUUCCUAUAGAUUUUUACUUUCACUACCCUUUCUCCAAUGGAAGAAAAGUGACAAGGAAUACUUGUGUAAAAUGUAUCUUGCCUUAAAUUCUACUAUAUAC